UUAAUCGACAGUUAGCCGUCUUUUAGUCUACAUUUCUUUCUUUCUUUUUGACUGGAAGACACAAGGCGGAUUGCGCUCUAAUUAAGAAAGUCAUUUGACUUUCCUGGCAACCCCCGUGCGCGCUCCCCUCUGGCAGGGAGCGGUCCAAAGUCCUCAAGUCAUCUUGGUGGGACACGGGGGAGACCUGCGCAAAGAUCUGACUCUGUUUUUGUUUGAAGAGCUGAUGAUCCUAUAAUCAGAAGAAGAAAAGAACACCAAGUUGACAAAAGGAAAAAAAUUCUAAUGUGCAGAUAAAAGUGAGGCAUCCUCAGAUGGUCAUGUCAGGAAAGAUGUCUGGUGAACUUUUUUUCCCCUCAUGGCAUUAUGUGAGACAUCCCUAUGAAGACAAUUUUUUUGCUCAGUAGGGGGGGGGGGCUUAAAAGGAUUUUUUUUUCUACUUUGGAAAGACCUUAAAAUUGCACUUCAUCUGACAAAACAAAGAAUACCUCUACUCCCUCGUCAUCGAGCUGAAUUUGACAUCAGCUCUGGCUUCAGCACACCUUCACAAUAACCUGUUCCAAUGCCACUUUUGGUUUUUGUUUGAUGCUUAAACUUUUGCAGAACUGUGUGUUCUCUAUACAGCUCUUUUUUUUAUUUAUUUUUCUCUCUUUUUUUUAAAUCCACCCAAACUUUAAAAAUCUCUGGUCUCUAGGACUUUUUUUUUUUCAACUGUCCUUGGAUCUUCUAUACGCGUUGUUUCCUUUCCGUUCAUCUGACAUUUUGUUUUCUCUUUUACGGAUUCCACUCGUUGCUCCUCUUUAGUUCCCUCAUCCCCCUUUCAUACCAAACUGGUUUCCUGAGAGGCUUCAUCCUGGCCGGCACUAUUCCCGCCAAGGGGGAAGAGGACUUCCUCACGCUGGCCGCUUCGCGGCUCAGCCGCAGAAAACGUGUCAUAGGAGCUGCCGUAGGUGUGGCCAUGGUUUUAAUACUGUUGGUGGCCAUUCCCCUGCUGGUCCACACCACCAAAGGGGGCACCAAUGGAAGUUCAGGGAGCCAUUAUGAAAUGCUUGGAAGCUGCAGGAUGGUAUGUGACCCCUUCACAUCUCAGCCAGGCCAGGAGCUGACGGCUGUGUCUCCACCCCCCCAGGAUUACUCUGGGAAGAAGAUGAGGUCUGGGCUUCGAGGGCCUCCAGGGAUCCCGGGCCCUCCGGGAGAACGCGGAGCCCCUGGAGAGCCAGGCAAACCGGGGCCACAGGGCCCCCCGGGUCCGGGUCCUGGUGGCUAUUCUUCCUCAAUCUACAUUCCCAAAAUUGCCUUUUACGCAGGGCUACGCAAGCAGCACGAAGGCAACGAAAUACUCAAAUUUGAUGAUGUGGUGACCAAUGUAGGUAACUACUAUGAGCCCAGCACUGGCAAGUUCACCUGCCCUCUGCCUGGUAUCUAUUACUUCACCUACCAUGUUCUGAUGAGAGGUGGUGACGGAACCAGCAUGUGGGCGGACCUGAGGAAAAAUGGAAUGGUAAGAGCAAGUGCCAUCGCUCAGGAUGCUGAUCAAAAUUACGACUACGCCUCCAACAGUGUGAUCCUCCAUUUGGACGUUGGCGAUGAGGUGUGUGUUCAGCUGGAUGGAGGAAAGGUCCACGGAGGAAACCAAAACAAGUACAGCACUUUCUCUGGCUUCCUCAUCUACCCAGACUGAAAUUAAUCUGCCACCAAAGGAGCGACAAAAACACCAACAUCCAAACAGACACACUGACACUUAGAACAAAUGUAUGCACAUUAAUUCAUGCAUAUACAUACAGUGUACACACAAAAAUAUGCACAAACAUGCAUGCAACACACAAAGACACAUAUGCAUUACACCUAUGUAUACUUGCAGGAGAUUUUGCGAGGCUAAAACAGACUACAAAAAAGAUUGAGUCAAAAUUUAGUAAAAUUGUGUGAUAUUGAGCCAGUCAUCAUAGGCAAGUAUAUUUACUGCCCCCCUUUGUGUGCAAAUAUGAAUUUCAGAAGAUGUAAAAUGCAAGUGCAAAUAACAAUUCCAUAUUCUUGCUCUGAAAUAUCUUGAGUAUUACGUGUUCCAUAUUAACUAACAUUGUGAGAACAAGAAUAUAACAGAAGAACAUCCCAAGUCUGACAAUUUUAAUGCAAUCAUGGUGCUGAAGGGGCCAUCCAUUCAGAAGUAAAAGGGCCAAAUGCACACUUUGUUUUUUCAUCAGUGUAGAUUUUCAUUUUACAUUUCUGGUCACCAUGCUAUUCCUCUCUGAUUUAUUGUUCUGCAACUUAUUACCGUUAAAUAUUUCCCCAGAUGAAUUAAAGUCAAAUAUACCGAUUUGGAUGAAUUAAAUCCUUGUUGUGAUUCAAGUUGUGAUAGCACAUGAUUGAUUGAAAAAGGCUAUUUGAAUAAAAACACAUGUGACUCUUGUCCUUUAUUUUUUCUUCAUCACACACUUAGAAGGAUGAAUAAAAAACAUAUAUUUAUAAUGUAUUCCAUGAAGAAAACCUGUAUAAUGAAGUUUUAUUUGCCAAACACUUUAUUGCUGACAUUGUACGAGUCUGUCAGAGUGUGUGUGUGUGUGUGUGUGUGUGUGUGUGUGUGUGUGUGUGUGUGUGUGUGCGUGCGUGCGUGCGUGCGUGCGUGCGUGCGUGCGUGCGUGCGUGCGUGCGUGCGUGCGUGCGUGCGUGCGUGCGUGCGUGCGUGUGUGUGUG